ACAGCCCCGGCCGUGACCUGGAAGGGAAGCGGCGUCACCGGGAUCAACUUCCCGGGGCCGCGGAAGGACGGGCGGGGCCGGGAUGGGGCUGGCCGGCGGCAGGCUGUAGCUGAUGCCCAGGCACCCCUGGAAUGAUGUCGUCACGGACCAAUCUCUCUGCUGGGAUUCCCAGUAGCAAAGUCAAAUAUUCCAAGCUCUCCAGCACCGAUGAUGGAUACAUUGACCUGCAGUUCAAGAAGAGCCCACCAAAAAUCCCCUACAAGGCCAUCGCACUGGCUGUGGUGCUGUUCAUGAUCGGGACCUUCCUCAUCAUCAUCGGAGCCCUGCUGCUGGCAGGGUACAUCAGCGAAGGUGAGACCGACCGGGCCAUCCCCGUGCUGAUCAUCGGCAUCCUCGUGUUCCUGCCCGGCUUUUACCACCUGCGCAUCGCCUACUACGCCUCCAAGGGCUACCGGGGCUACUCCUACGACGACAUCCCCGACUUCGAUGACUGAGCUGUUAUUUAAUCCCACUCUAAUUAGGUUGGUCAGAGCUGGUAGUUCCCCUGGGCGCCGGGGCCUGGCAGGGCACAGCUGAUGCGUGUCCCUCACGCGGCACCGCUUCCCGGGUUUGAGGUGUUGCAGGUUUUCCAGUUUGGGGGGUGGGGGCUCGAGCACGGAAUUGACCAAAAAGGAAUCGCAAAGAACUUGGGAUUUAUGGGAUUUUUCCUCUCAGGGUUGCACAAUUCCGCUCGCUGGGAAGUUCUUCCUGGGCGAGGCAAUUCUUGCAAUUUUCCAAAAAUAGGUGAGCUGGUUUCAGCAGCAGAGAUCCUUGUUUUUUCUGCCAGUGUUUUCUAGAGUUUACUUUAGCUUCCCACGAGAUUGUGGUUAUUGUUGGGUUACCUUUGCAGACAAACCAGAGUUAAACUCUCCUUUAGCUCUCUGUCCAUCAGAAAUGCUUCCAAGCUAUGGGUCCUGAGCUUGCCUGGAGUAAAUAAAGUCUGAUGUGCACGAGAAGGGGAGGGCAGCACUUGCAGGAAGUGGUUUUACACACUGUGCACUUGCUGCACAGCUCCCUGUCAGGCUGACCAAGCCCAUUUCCUCACACACAGUUCUUCCCACGUGAGCUUUCCUCGUGCCACUGCUGCUUUUGGCAAAAUCCGCUUGUCCUUCACAAGGACUCCUGCUGGAUUUUGCUUAUUAUUUUAAACAACCAAAUGGAUACUGGGAGAAGGAUUGGAACCCAGACCAGGACUCGAGUGUCUAAAUACCAAAAUCUUGGGUUUGGCUAAUGUGGGUGUUGGAGACACUUGAAUUCCAGCUGUCUGUGUUUUGGAGUCCUUUUGUCCUUGUGUAGAUAAUUCACUGUGCAGAACUGCCCAGACCAGUGCAGAGAAGUUCCCUGUGUAGUUUGUGCUGCACAAACCCCCUCUGGAUUGCUUUGCCAGCUUUGCUGAUGUGUCAUCCAGGGAAAACAGAGGGAUGGCUCCACUGCUGUAGGGUAAAGCCAGCCUCUCCUGAGCUGGGAGUGUCUCGGUGUCCUGGAGAACGAGCAGUGAUGCGAGUGGAUGCAUUCAACAUGAAUAAAGUUCUGUAUUCUCUGUAA